UACUUAUCAUGGGUACAAGUAUAAACUCUUUCUCUAGAAAAACAGAGUAAUAAAUAUAUACAUACAUAUAUAUAUAUAUAUAUAUAUAUACUAUUUUCAAGUAAAAAGGGGUCGAUUGAGCUUUUUGUUCAGGGGGAGAGAGAGAGAUGUGGGAGAUGAGGGAGGUGGUGGUGGUACUGGUCAUCGGCAUUUUGGUGUUAGGAGCGAGCUCAAUCAAUGGCGCCACAAAUUCAACAGAUGCGUCUGCUCUUAUGGCCAUGUAUAGCGGUUUAAAUUCACCAUCGCAGCUAACCAAAUGGAGCUCAACUGGUGGUGAUCCAUGUGGGGAGUCUUGGAAAGGCAUUACCUGCUCAGGCUCAAGAGUCACAGAAAUCAAAAUAUCAGGUCUUGGACUUUCUGGGUCAAUGGGAUACCAGCUCGCUAGUAUGACAUCAGUAACCAUCUUUGACAUAAGCAAUAAUAAUCUUGGAAACCAGAUUAUUUAUCAGCUUCCUCCAAACGUGACGCAAUUAAAUCUGGCUGGAAAUGGCUUCAAUGGAGUCAUCCCUUAUUCAAUAUCUGAGAUGACUUCCCUUAAAUACUUAAAUCUUGGUCACAAUCAACUUACAGGUCAACUGAAUGACAUGUUUGGAAGGCUUUCGUCCCUUUCCACAUUGGAUCUCUCUUUUAAUUCUCUGACGGGUAAUCUUCCAGAGAGUUUCAGCUCCCUUACAAGUAUGAACUCUAUGUAUUUGCAAAACAACCAGUUUACAGGCACUAUUGAUGUCCUCGCCAACCUUCCCCUUAAUGACCUGAAUGUUGCAAAUAACAAUUUUAAUGGUUGGAUUCCUGCACAGUUGAAAAACAUAAAUCUGCAGAAGGAUGGUAAUUCAUGGAGCUCAGGGCCUGCACCCCCACCUCCACCCGGCACGCCUCCAGCAAGCAAUAACAAUAGAAAUCACAAUUCUGGUAGCAAUAACAGUCCAACUGGUGGUGAUGGUAAUGGCGGUGGGGGCAAAAAAUCAGGUAUAGGAGGUGGUGGUGUAGCAGGAAUAGUGAUAUCCAUUUUAAUUGUUGGUGCAAUAGUGGCAUUCUUUUUAAUGAGGAGAAGGUCCCGAAAGCCAUCCGCGGAUGUUGAAAAGCUUGAUAGUCAGCCUUUCACUUCUCUUGCUUCACAUGAAGUGCAAGAAAUGAAGUCCAUUCAACCUUCCUCCACAACCAACACAAAGACAUUUGAAACUUCAGCCUCCUUUAAUCUCAGACCUCCGCCUAUUAAAUCAUUUGAUGAAGAUGAUUUCUCAAGGAAACCCAUAGUCCCCAAGAAAGUUAAUACAGCUCCAAUAAAUGCUAUAUCAUAUUCAGUAGCAGAUCUACAAAUGGCAACAGGUAGCUUUAGUAUUGAAAAUCUUGUUGGCGAGGGUUCCAUUGGACGUGUUUAUAGAGCUGAAUUUGAUGAUGGCAAGGUUCUUGCAGUAAAGAAAAUAAAUUCUUCUGCCCUUCCUGGUCACUUGUCUGAAGAUUUUAUGGAUAUAGUUUCAGAAAUAUCUAGAUUACAUCACCCAAAUGUUACUGAGCUGGUGGGAUACUGCUCAGAGCACGGACAGAACCUGCUAGUUUAUGAGUUUCAUAAGAACGGUUCUCUGCAUGACUUCCUGCAUCUCUCUGAUGAAGAUAGCAAGCCAAUACCAUGGAACAGCCGUGUCAAGAUUGCUCUGGGGACUGCACGGGCAUUAGAGUAUCUGCAUGAAGUUUGCUCGCCAUCAGUUGUUCAUAAAAAUUUCAAAUCAGCCAACAUAUUACUAGACAUGGAGCUCAAUCCUCACCUUUCAGACUCUGGCUUAGCAAGCUUUGUUCGAGAUGCAGAUCAGGAACUGAACCAUAAUGCUGGGUCCGGAUACAGCGCACCUGAGGUUGCCAUGUCUGGUCAAUAUACCAUAAAGAGUGACGUCUACAGUUUUGGAGUCGUUAUGUUGGAACUCCUUACAGGACGAAACCCAUUUGAUAGCUCAAGGACAAGAAGUGAGCAAUCUUUGGUUCGAUGGGCAACACCUCAGCUCCAUGACAUUGAUGCUCUGUCUAAGAUGGUCGAUCCAGCACUCAAAGGGCUCUACCCUGUUAAAUCUCUUUCCCGGUUUGCUGAUGUGAUUGCAUUGUGUGUCCAGCCGGAGCCCGAGUUCCGACCACCUAUGUCAGAAGUGGUCCAAGCGUUGGUUCGGCUAGUGCAGCGUGCAAACAUGAGCAAGAGAACAAUUGGAAAUGAACAAGUUUCAUCUCCGCGGACAAAUAAUGCAGAUGCGCAUGAGUAGAUAUCAUAGAUGGCCACCGAGUUCUGUUUCCUUUUUGGCUAUGAAAGCACCCACAAUAACGGAAAAAAAAAAAAAAAAAAAUCUAUGGUUGUCCUCUUCAUCAUUCCUCUUUCUGGGUGGUUCUGCUGGUGACGAUAUGUAAAAUCUCCUUGGUUUGCUUUGUAUGAUACCUGAAGUAGAAAAUAGUUGAGGUUUGUUUAUACUAAAUAAUUCUUUUUAAGCUGGCGCUUUCUUUAGUAUUUUUCUUUCCUCUUGAAA